GAACGCGCACUUUAUUUUCAACCCUCGCAAGAUCCACACGCGAAUCGUACAUUGCUAACGCGCUUCUAACCGCGCUUCGUAUAUUCUUUGUUCUGUGUACAUAGUUUUCCUCUUAGUUCAGUCGUGUCAUAGUUUUAAGUCGGUGUCCUUAGUAUAGUUCAAAACUAGUCUAAUAUAACAUUUAACCAUGUUGAAAAUUUAUGUCUAUUGGGUUUGUGUGAUAGUUGCAUGUGUUUUCUCUGACCACAGAAUGGAGUGGAUCAGAAGACAUAUAGAUGUAACGACUUUAAGCAUAAAAUUUCUUAUGGUUGGAGCAGGCGAAAACGCCAGUCUAGAAUGCAUGGGUGCCAACGAACUGACCUUAGUUACUGAGUUAUCCUGGUACUCUCUCAAAAGCGAUAGCAUAGUGCUUGAAUAUUCGAGAGGUAUCUUGACAGUAUUUACAGACCCUGCUCGUCUGUAUGUAGCUAGAGACUACAGCAUAGUUUUCGAACCUGCUUUAGCUGUAGAUUCUGCAAAAUAUAUUUGCCUCAUCAACGGUAGACCAGAGCCAGAAGGUGUGUUUGAACUUCAAGUUCAAGACAUCUCUGAACCACCCGGACGAGUACUCGUGACGGGCUUUACUUCCCGUACUGCAAACCUGACAUGGUACCCACCCCGUGAUGAACAUUUCAGCCCUGUCAUCUACUACGUAGUUCACCAAAGAAAGAAGAAUCUGCGAAACCGUUUGGAGUGGAUAUUUCUUUUUAUUUUAUUUUUGAGAAAUACGUUAUCACAAUUGAUGUGUCCAAUAUCGUGUUAUGGAUCGAAUGUAGCUCAAGAGGUUGAAGUUUUGACGAUCAAUAAAACACUUCUUCAAAUGAUAUAG